AUGUUCAAAGCGGUGCUGGAGUCACCGGUAUGCCAAGGGGAUAAGCUUUCGGCCGUUGACGGGGUGCGGCGGCUGGCUGAGGGGUUGCAGAACGGGGCCUUUACGGAGAUGACGGCGGCCCGGGAACUGGAAGGGUAUAUAAAGAGUGAGUUCCCGCACACAUGGGCGCCGAAGAAAGAGAGAGAUGGCAAAAAGCACACCAACCGCGAGUGGAGCAGGAAGAGAAUGAGACGGGCUCAGUAUGCAGUGGUGCAAACUCUGUAUACAAAGAGCAGGAAAGAUGCAGCGAACUUGGUGCUCAGUGGCGACUGGGCGACAUGUCACCUGCACGAACGGAACGAACCGCCAUCGAAUAUGCUCGAGUAUUGGAAGGAGCUCUUUGAAGCUGAAAGUGUGGAGGAUAAAAGGCCUGUCAUCAAGGAUCGAUCGAUCCAAUGGCAGAUUUUGGAUCCAAUAACGGUGGAAGAGGUGAAGGAGGUGGCAGUGGCGAUCGGCAAAUCGGCGGCUGGAUUGGACAGAGUAGGAGCCGCUUCCCUUUGGAAACAGCCAUCGGGAGUGACCCAACUACUCAACCUGCUACUAUUGCUGGAGUUUCCCUCCAUGCACUUGUCCAAGGGGAGGGUUACGUUGAUCCCAAAGGUGAAAAACCCUAAAGGCCCGACGGACUUCCGGCCGAUAGCUGUAGCUUCUGUCAUUCUCCGGACCCUACAUAAGAUCCUAGCCCGAAGGUGGCUAAAGGUGAUGAAACUUGACUCGUUGCAAUUAGCGUUCCAGCGGCGUGACGGUUGCCUGGAAGCCUCGGAGUUGCUGCAGACGGUUAUAAGGAAUGCCCACUGCAAAUCCCAAAGCUUGGCUGCGGCCUUUGUUGACGUAUCGAAAGCUUUUGACACGGUGUCGACCAAUACAAUCCUGAGGGCUGCGCAACGGCAGGGUCUCCCCCCGCCGUUUGUUAGCUAUUUAAAGCGGCUCUAUGAAGGAUCGUCGGUCCAAUUGCUUACCACCACCAUUCGCUGCGGACGUGGGGUGAGGCAGGGUGACCCCCUGUCGCCGCUCUUGUUCAACGCGGUUAUGGAUGAAGUGAUUGGGGGCUCGCUCCCUUUGCUUGGGGUGGAAGUUGGGGGAAGGCGAAUCGGGGCACUUGCCUAUGCGGAUGACCUAGUUCUCUUCGCGGAGAACGAAAGCCGUCUGAAAGACAAGCUGGUGGCUCUGAACAGCGCGCUACAAGCGGCUGGGAUGGCUAUCAACGCUUCGAAGAGCUGUACCUUGACGAUUACCAGCAAUACACACCAAAAAACGGUUGCUUUGCAACCAACGCGGUCCUCCAUUGGGGGUGAAAGUCUCAAGCCGUUGUCUGUGGACGAUAAGGUAACCUAUUUGGGGUUGACCUUUAAUUGGAAAGGCUUGGUCCGCAUGAAGCAUACCAGAGUGCUGGAAGAGAACCUCAACCAGCUAAGAAGGGCUCCGCUGAAGCCAUAUCAGAGACUGACCAUCUUGAAACACCACCUGAUCCCGAGGUUGAACCACGAGCUUGUACUGGGAUUCCCUCACCGGAACACCCUGAAGUCGAUGGACGUGAUGAUUAGAGGUGCUGUGCGGGGCUGGCUACGGCUGCCUUCCGAUACGACGCUGGCAUACAUGUAUACGAAAGUUGCCGAAGGAGGACUGGGCUUGCCCUGUCUCUCCACCACUAUCCCUUUGGCUCAACGAAAGAGGCUUGAGAAAAUUGCUGCAGGUGUGGACCUGCUGGCAAAUACGGUGAAAAGCAGUGAGAGCUUUCGAGUUCUACUGAGGAGUGCGAACUUGCCGGUGCGUGUUGGGGGCGAAGUGGCUUGCUCCAAACAGGAGGCUGAAAUAUACUGGAAGCGAACGUUGUACAGAUCAUGUGAUGGCAGAGGACUGGAGGUCGAGGCUCACCCCUCGUCCUACGAUUGGAUUGGUGAUCCAUCCAGGAUCCCAAGCAGAGUGUUUUUGAGAAGUUUGAAGUUAAGAGGCGGUCUACUGCCCACCAAGGUGAGAGCCGCACGGAGGCGACCAGGAUCGAAUGUUGAAGUGAGAUGCAAAAAUGGCUGUGGCUUACCUGAAAGUGUUGACCACAUCACGCAAGUGUGCCAUGUCACGCAUGACGUGAGAUGUGAACGGCACAAUCGGAUAGCAAAGAAAGUGGGUAAAGCGUUUGAGAAGCUGGGAGCCAAAGUGUGGUUCGAACCAACAGUGCUAUGUGGACCGUCGUUUUGUAAACCGGAUCUGGUGGUGAAGAUAGGUGAAUCACUCUCUGUUAUGGACGUGUGUAUCACUACGGCUCGUCGCAUAGAUCAGACCAAGAAAGCAAAGAUAGAAAAGUAUGGAAUGCCCGAGAUAGAGCAAGGGUUGCUGCAGCUCGCUGAGCUUCCCCCAUCGUCAAAGGUACGGCAUGUGCCAGUAGUCCUCACGAACAGAGGACUGAUAGACAGAAAGUGUGGAAUGAGGCUGCAGCGAAUGGGUAUCCAUCGCCGCGUACUUGGGGACCUGGCAGUCACAGCGCUGCUAGGGUCAUUAAAGUGUUAUGAUCUAUUUAUGAGGGGCACGAGACGAUACUAA